AUGGUGAUUUGGUCGAUCGUUCGGAGAAAGGUCGUUAAUGGCGGUAACUCGUCUGCUUCUUCGAUUGUAGGACAUUCGUGGAAGAGUAGGCGUGCUACGGCUUCUCAUCCUCGGUACUAUGGAGCUCUUGCAAAAGAGACUUCACUUGUCGCAAGAGGAUCACAAAUGGUGAAUUCCGUCGGUCUUCGUUCUUAUCUAGGUUCUCAUUUGAGCUCAAAGGCUAUGAGGGUACCUGUGCCAUGCAUCCAAACAUUCAACACUGGAAUCAGGUUGUUUUCGUCGGAUAACGGUGGGUCUGUGGAUGCUGUUGUUCCAUUCAUGGGAGAAUCCAUUACUGAUGGCACUUUAGCCACUUUCUUAAAGAAACCUGGAGACCAUGUGGAAGCUGAUGAGCCCAUUGCUCAGAUAGAAACUGAUAAGGUUACCAUCGAUGUUGCUAGUCCUAUUGCCGGAACUAUUGAGAAGUUCGUUGCGAAAGAAGGUGAUACAGUGGAGCCUGGUUUCAAGAUUGCAGUGAUAUCCAAAUCUAGAGGAGCUACAACUCAGGUUAAUGAAGCAGAGAAGAAGCCUGAGGAGACUAAACCAGAGAAAAAAGAAGACAAGCCAAAACCUGUAAAAGAAGCUCCUGCUUCGCCAAAAGUGGAAACUUCACCUCCUAAAGAGAAGUCUAGAGCUCCUCCUCCUCCACCUUCUUCAGGACAGUCACCAAGAGAGCCCCAACUUCCUCCAAAGGACCGGGAAAGAAGGGUUCCAAUGACAAGACUCAGGAAACGUGUUGCUACACGAUUGAAGGACUCUCAGAACACCUUUGCGCUACUUACUACUUUCAAUGAAGUUGACAUGACAAAUCUGAUGAAACUGCGUUCGGAGUACAAAGACGCGUUUCUUGAAAAGCAUGGUGUCAAACUAGGAUUGAUGUCAGGUUUUAUAAAGGGAGCCAUCAGUGCGCUCCAAAAUCAACCAGUCGUGAACGCUGUUAUCGAUGGAGACGACAUUAUCUACAGAGAUUACGUUGACAUCAGCAUUGCUGUUGGUACACCUAAGGGACUAGUUGUUCCAGUGCUUCGGAACGUAGAGCAGAUGAACUUUGCAGAGAUUGAGAAAGAGAUCAACAAACUUGCUAAAAAAGCAACAGCUGGAACAAUCUCUAUCGAUGAAAUGGCUGGAGGCACAUUCACUAUCUCCAAUGGUGGUGUUUAUGGAAGCCUGUUGAGUACUCCAAUCAUUAACCCUCCUCAGUCAGCUAUUCUUGGGAUGCACUCGAUAGUGAACCGCCCGAUGGUUGUGGGAGGAGAAGUUUUGUCAAGGCCAAUGAUGUUCAUCGCUCUGACUUAUGACCACCGUCUGAUAGAUGGAAGAGAGGCCGUUCUUUUCCUCCGUCGCAUCAAAGACGUUGUUGAGGAUCCUCGUAGGCUUCUUCUCGACAUCUAG